AUGCAGAGGUGGAUGUGGCAGAUGCCGGCACGGAGGCCAGUUACGAAGAGGUUCGGCAGGAGCAAAGCGGUGAGUCGGAGGCGGAGGCAGCGAGCGGGACCUUGGAAUCUCGGCCAGGUGAAAGCUCGUCGAGGCCCUCAAGCCCGCGGGAAGGUCCUGGAAGCUCCCCGCCAGAGUCUGACCACGAAAGCGAGCGAGAGGGCGAAGAGCGCCAAGAGACCGAGUCCGAAGAGGAGAGCGAGCCACCUCGGAAGCGCAAAGCCCCGGCGGUCGACGACCAGGCCUUGGAGCGCAGCUUCUCAGAAAGCUCGCGCAGCUUGGAAGACGACGGCGAAACGGAAGGAAGUGGGCCAGACGAGUUGUCGCAAGCUGCACCAGUUGAGGUGA